GACCAUUGCAUUGCAUUGCUUGGAGGAACCAGUGCAUAGCACACCCGUCACUUGUAGUUCAAAAGUGUAAUACCGGUGCAASCACCACCAAUAACAGCCGCAGUCGCAGCCGCAAUCGCCAUUUACCGGACCCAAKCCGAGCGCGAAUAGCACUGCGCGGAACGGUACCGUACGUUGCCAAGAACACUUCGUGUCCGAAGCCCUUUAGCAUGUGGUCGAACAGCCGCCGAAGAAAGGCGAACGGCCGGUCCGCAAACGUCCGGGAUUACCUCGGCAUGGCCGASGGUGCGAACGAAUCGCGGAGGAAGGAACCACCGUCCUCCUCCUCGUCGUCGUCGUCGUCGUCUUCCUCGUCGUCUUUGCCAUCGUCCCUGUUCACGGCCCCCCAGGCGAUGGGCACCGUCCUCGUCGAAAUCCCGGAGGAGCUCGAGAGCGAAGGAUUCUUCCCCGCUUCCGGCGGCAAGUUGGGAGUCCCCGGCAACGGAAGCCGUCGCCGGCGGGGACCGAGGGCAUCCGGAAGCAGCAGCAACARCARCMWCRGCMWCRRCARCMWCRGCARCARCARCAGCMKCRRMARCARCAGCMRCAGCGGCCACCGGCGCUCGGCCGGGCGGGACGACUCCUCCGCGGUAGAGGAGCUCGGGAACCACCUCGGKGACCUCGACAACUACCUUCUCAGCGUCUUCCACAUGGACGACGAGUACGACGCGGCCUCGAUCUACACCAAGGGRACGGCCGACACGAGCCUCUCCUCCUCGUCGGGAAGCAGCGUGGCCAGCACCGCGUCCACCCGGCGGAGGCACAAGGGGGCCUUUCGGAACCGCCGGAAGGGGGCCGGAAGCGGCAGGGGCGRCGAAAWAACCGCCGGGACAAGCAGCUGGCUGGAGUCCAUGCAGAACUCCUCGAGGAACGUCUUUGUGGCGGGGGGAGAGACCUGGACGCCGGGCAGGGGAUGGGGAGGAACUCGMAGCAAGRCGARCCCGGGGACCGCUUGGGACGCGGACCCGGGCGAUUGCUGGAAGGAGGCCGACUCCUUCUUUGCCGAAAGCACCAACGAGCACUAGGACAAGCGGUUCGCGGGCGGCGGAGCAGCGGAACGGUCGAGCGCAGCGGAUGGCAUCGGGACGAUGGGCCAAAGCAGGGCAAGCCGGUGGUGCUCCGGUACCGGUGCUACCGCCGCCGGCAUCGAUUCGGUGUGCCCCGGCACUGCUACCAGGACCGURGGUUUGGAACAACGGCGGUGUCUUGCCAGCCGCGCACCACUACUGCUAGUCCGGUUCGGAUCCUGCGACAGGAUUCGGCAGGAACAGCACCAAGUAGUAGUAACGCGUACUAGUAGUGACCGAACACAAUGUGUACACGUUUUGUUGAGCAGCAGCACCAUACAAACACUUGUAGAAACMAUGGCACCCAGGACGCUUGCAAUACGGUACUAACUAGUGUUGGAAUUGCGUCUGCUAGCUACUAGUAUCCCCGAUCGUGCUCCGUAGCCACCGGAAUCUCGGUGCCCAGUGAGGGCCGAUCCGGCGGCCUUCUCGUUCUUCCUUUUGGUACCGUACGGUACCAGCUUUCCUGCGGGUAUUGGCGUGGCGUGGUGUGGUGUUUGUUCACGCCUACAUGCUCUUUUCUCGUUCGGGUCCGAGGUGCCACUGCCGUGCCGUGCCGUACCGUACCCAGGGUGUUUGCACUUUUUUGGGGUUUGGUUUUGAUCGCACCAUGAACGCGCUGCGCAUCCCCGCUGUGGCGACGUUCGGGACCGAAGAACGACUCGUGGUGUUUGUUUGUUUGUUUGUUUGUUUGUUCGGCACCAAAGCAGUACGGUACUAUUGCCAGUAGGAGUGGAUGGAUUCGGCAGGCAACUUCUACUGCUGCUACUAGCAGUGCUCUCGAUCGAUCCGGUGCGGGACGACCUUCUCGAACCCUUCUUGGUGGUUUCGUGGUGCUUGCUUGCUGCGUUUGUUCGUGUCGGCAUUGGCGAGGAGAGGAUUGUUGCAGAAGUGAGUGGGGGCCGGUGGUGUGUUUGGUAAUAUCUACUAGCUACUAGCCUGGAUUUGGUGGUGGUCUUGGUGGAGAACCCCAUGCCACGAGAAGGAGAUCCAAUGUCCUGUCUGCUGCUGGGGUGACAAGCCUUUUUGUUGCUUGGCUUUCCUGGUCAAACAACAGGGGGAAGAAGAAGUACUAUUACUAGUACUCGUCCAAAGACUUCAAUGGAACAGCUCUCCACCAAAAGCAUUCUUGGAAACCCAGGUGUUUUCUGCUGGAAGAGGAGUGACUGGAUUCUUGUUUGGAUUGCUGUUUGUCCUUUUUUGUUUGGAAAUUAUCCACCACCAGGCAUGAUAUCAAGGAUCAGCAGUAGAAGGUCAGAGAGUAACACUACUACUAGACUACUACAAGCCAAGCAACAAGAAUCUUUUGCAGAGGUCGCUUCUUGUGCUGGUGGCUGCAACAACAAGGAAGACGAUACUUUAGUACGGCCACUGCUGCUAGGCGCAAGAAUCCUGUGAUGGGACGAAGGAUCAUUGUGUAGUACUCGUACCUUCCCAAUCGUGGACCAGCUUUGUGGCUUGAYGCGUUCCUAUUCUUCCUGAAGGAGUUGCUUCUGCUUCGGAUUGAAUCCAACGAAUACAUCGGUGUUCGAAGAAAGAAAUCCGAAAUCCUCAUACCAGUUCUUCGUAAUGUACAUACCGUACGGUAGUACGAGUACUUGAGAACAGAGAUGAACAAGUCGUGGAUUUUCCCACAUGAAAUACACAUACUACGCGUUUCGUAACAAUUGAAAUCGGCCUUGAAAGAGAGCAAAAAGUAAUAAUUUCGAGUUCUUAAC